CUAAAAGAGAAUACAAUGAAUAAAAAUUUGCGUUAGGGGGAAGGGAAGGGUAUGCAUAGGCUAUUUUUUAAAAUAAUAUAACAAAAAAUGUGAUCUUUAUAAUUUUAUAAAUAAAUGUCAUUACUUUAGCUUAAAAUUGCUGAAAAUAUUAGUAAGCAUAUAUGAAACUGAAGUAGAAUAAAUGUUAAAGAUACAAUAACAAUCUGCAUGUAACAAACCACACUAUUUGUAUACAGUGUCAAUCAAUUUAUUUUGUCGAACACGUUCAUUGUAGUAGAAUAGUAUGAAUGGAUGCAUUCUUUAAAUAAAAUGAAAUUUAGGCUUGAAAAAUAUCUCAAGCAAUUUUGUAGAUUACGAAAUUCCUGGCAACACACAUUGCCUCUGGAAACUUCAGGAAAAAAUGUGAUCAACGAGAAAUUAUGCCUGCUUGAACCGGAAUAUGAUACAGAUUUCUUAUGCAAUCCUAGAAAUCGCGAUGUUAUUUUUAAUAAUAUCAGGAAAAGGAAAGAUGUUGGCGAUAUCGAUAAAGUUCUUGAACUUUCGAGUAAGCCCGAGAAGCGAGAAUUGUUUUUGCGAGAGUUGAGCAAAAUACCGAAUUGUACACAUCCUGCAGUACUUGAAUAUGAUAAACCAAGAGUUUUAAAACAGUGUGGCAAGAAAGUAAAAUUUGAUUUUGAAGCUGAAGAAUUUGCUGAACUUACCGUCAAUUUGAAAGCAAUAAGGACAAAUGCUCUAGGUCCCAUUGCCGGGCAAAGAAGUUACAUGCUCUUAGGAGAUUUGGCAGAAUUGGAAGAAGCGUUGAUUCAGUACGCUGUUGGGAAAUUGAUAAAGUAUGGAUUUAAACUAGUAUCGGUUCCUGAUAUCAUUCAAACUAAAAUUAUUGAGAGAUGUGGUUUAAUAGUGGAUGAUGGUCGAACUCUUGUAUACAAUUUAGAUCCUUAUUACGGUGAUGACUAUAGUCUAUCUGGAACUGCAGAAAUGUCAUUAGCUGCAAAAUUGAUGAAUUCUACAUUUUCUUAUGAUCAAUUACCAUUGAAAUUAGCUGCUGUUAGUCGAUGUUAUCGUGCAGAGGGUUCAAGUUCACUGGAUGAAAGGGGAAUCUAUAGAGUUCAUCAAUUCACCAAAGUGGAAAUGUUUGUGUGUUCCGAACCAUAUCAAUCUGAGAAAAUAUUUCAAGAUCUUCAAGACAUACAAGAGGAAUUGUUCUCUUCGCUAGGAUUACAUUUUCAAAUGUUGGAUAUGCCUCCAUCUGACUUAGGCUCACCAGCUUAUAGAAAAUGUGACAUAGAAGGCUGGAUGCCUGGAAGAAAGUUGUAUGGUGAAUUGUCUAGUUGCAGUAAUUGUACAGAUUAUCAAUCUAGACGUCUCAAUAUCAAGUACAGGACAGAAGAGGGAAACAUAGUUCACGUGCACACAUUAAAUGGAACUGCGUGUGCGAUACCUCGCAUGCUGAUCACGUUGUGCGAGACUUAUCAGACAAAACAUCACCGUAUUACUGUGCCAGAGAAAUUGGUGCCCCUAAUGAAGGGUAAAACACUUAUAAGAAAGCAACCAAUAGCGGACAUGAGAAAUUAUAAAUACAAACAAAAAUUAAAUCCAAACAAUUAAAAUAUAUAAGA